CUGCCCGCAGCCUCACAGCUUUGCUUUGCACCAGGAAUUACAAUGAAUUUUGCGGCACAGUUUAUCUACUCCAGGGUGUUAAAAAACAGAACUCCCAGGGACCACUCCAGGGAAGAUGAAGAAUACGAUCCUUUCUGGCAAAGGUUGGAGAAUAUUGCUGUCUGACUUAGAAGUAGAGCGCUCCUUCCUCCCCAUUAGGGGCCAUGGUCAGCCCUCGGGGUCCACCCAGGGCCAGGCCUAUGGACAUGACAUCCCCUGGACCCCUCCUGCCUCCUUAUGGUGUCGUAGUUGGAGUUUUGCUUCACCUCGUUGUUUAUUUAUUCGCUAUGCUGUAUAGCUAUGCUGAGCAGCUGUUCUUGAAAAAGGAUGACAAUAAAAUCAACAAACAAGAUGCCCCGGCAAUUUGUGAUCUUCACCGUUGUAAGGAUGGGCCAGUAAGAAAUGGCCACAUUGGGCAGAGGCCACCCUCUAUCAACCCUGAAAGACUGAAAGAUUUUGUUGAAGAGGAUUACCUCAAUGGGGAUGUGAAGACCUGGGAAAUGAAGGUAGUCAGCCGUAACGAGGAGUUACUUGGGGAUGCCCUUUCCCUCAUUCCUCAGUCAAGCACCAGGACCAGCCAGCCAAGCCACAACAAGCUGAUUCGAUUUGAAGAUAUAAGUGCAGCAGCUUUCAAAAUCCAGAGCGGUGUUCAGAAAACCCCCUGCAUGUACUCCAGGCUAUCCAAGCAGUAUGGAGUGGAUAUCUACCUAAAGAAAGAGUUCCUCCAGUACACAGGAUCUGUGAAGGAGCGAGGUGUACUUUAUCUUCUGACAUCAUUGCCUCAGGAUCAGCAAAGAAAGGGGGUGAUAGUGGCUUCAGAUGGUAACUUUUCCAUGGCUGUUGCUUACCACGCCUCAGAGCUUCGUAUUCCAGUGUUUGUCAUCAUGUCAACCAGCACUUCCCCUGCCAGAGUGAAAAUGUGCCGUGAGUACGGUGCCAUGGUUAUAUCAUAUGGCACUACAGCUAAGGAUUCCCACAUGCAUGCAAGACGGCUGGCACAGGAGAAUGGUUACCUCUACCUCGAAGAGGAGGACAGUGCUGUCUACCUGUCGGGCCUGGGAACUGUGGGACUGGAGAUGUACGAGCAGGUGCCAAAGCUGGAUGCAGUGAUUUUCCCAGCAGGAGGCCACUGUGGCCUGCUGGCAGGGUCGGCUGCUGCACUCAAACACCUCAACCCACAUAUUUCUGUAAUUGGUGUUGAAUCUGAACGCUUCCCUGUAUUGCAACAAUCCCUAAAGGCUGGCCACCCAGCUGAAGACCAGGCUUGCAGCAAUCAUCACUUUUAUGGAGGUGUGAGUGGACUUUGCUUUGGCAGCAAUUCUUUGCAGCUGACUGGGAAACUUGUGGAUAAAGUUGUUGCUGUGAGAGAGGAGGACAUCCUCAUUUCCAUGCUGAGAUUGCUGGAGUAUGAGCGAGCCACGGUUGAUGCAGAAGGGGCCAUUGGACUUGCAGCACUGGUUGCUGGGAAGCUGCCUGAGUUGAAGGGUAAAAGAGUGGCAAUUGCUAUAUGCAGUGGAAAUGUGGAUUUACAUUUGCUGCAGCAGUGCAUAGCUCGUGCCCUGACCCUUGAUAACAGAGUGUGCAGAUUUUCCCUUGUGCUUUCUGACUGCCCAGGAGACAUUUCAAAGCUACUGGAGAUUCUGGCUCGGGAAGAAGCAAGAGUUUUGGAUAUCAAGCAAGAACGAAUGUUUGUGACAUCUGAGCUCUUCACUGUUGAGGUUACCUGUACUGUGGAGACCAGAGACAAAAUGCACACAGCCCAGCUGAGGAACGCUCUCCUGGAACGCUACCCAACAGCCGCGUGGACAGAGCGGUGAUGAGCAAAGCACAAGGGAAGGGGCUGAGGUCCUUGGACAAGCAUUUUGCAGAGCACUAAUCUUGAGGCAUUCAGAACAAAUAUUAUUUUUCAAGGCUGAACAGUUAGCAAAUAGUUUCAGGAUAUUUAUUUCCUGCUCAAAAUGUAGUAAACAUCCUUGGGAAUAAAGUUGAACUUGAAACUAGCUUAGCUAAGGGAAAUUUCAUAGUCUCUGCCAGCGUUGGAAUUAUCAGCUGUUUCAUUGGGUUUUGACUAGUGUGUAGAAUCCAAUGGCAUUCAGUAAAUAAACAGAGAGAAGGUAUAUUUUUUUUAUAUCUGAAUGUAGGCACCUCAAAGGGCUUUUAAUUUUGAUGCCCCUAGUUAAAUUAAUGCAGCUCCUGCUGGAUUUUGCCAUAUUACUAAUAUAGUCAUUUUUCAUUUCCAGGCCAGAAGCAGUUCUUCAUUUGCUGAAUCUGCUUCAUGGGAUAUAUAUGUGUGUGGGGGUGAACAUGGCUGCAUUUGCGUAAGAACUUUGCUAUCAUGAGGAAAAAUUAUGCUAAUAAAAUGCAAUUUAAAAGAAACCCUUAGUAGAUAAAAGCUAAUACUGUAUUUUUUCCCCAAAGGAAAAAUGACCCUAUUUAUAAAGUAAGGUUCCGGAAAAUGUUGCAACAAUUAAAAAGAAAAAAAAAAAAAAAAGGGUUGCAUGUGCAGAAUACAAAUGUAAUUCUUGCACCUGCAAGAAUGUAACAAUGAGCCCAUAAAACGACUGUGUUCCUUUAUAAAAAGGAGUCUCUCACCCUUUUGAGUUUUCUAAUUGGAAUUUCACUGAUCAUCUUAGUCUGACUAAAACAAACUCGAUCCAUCUCACCUGACAGAUUAAAUACAAUGUCAAGAGUGAAACAUAUUUAAAGAUCACAAGUUACUAAGCAAAGACAGCUCAGGGAGAAGAGGAAGCCCGAGUCUUAGGCCAGCAGCUAAUGCAAUUAAGAAAGAACACAUUGACCUAUAUACCAUUUUCAUCGCUAGAGAUGAAGACCUACUAAUAAGGUAACAUUGUGGGAUGGCAAGAGAUGUAAGAGAAAUUCAGGCCCACCUCUAAAUGUAUGUUCAACAGUUGCUUUUCCAUGUGGGCAAAAUUCAAUUUAAGAUUGUCUGCAACAGCACCAAUAUAAACUGUUCCAUUCAUUUAAAUUUCACCAGAUUUGACCCAAAUUUUGGGUGCAGGUAUUUUAAUGCGAAGUCUUAAUCCUCUCUCUAGAAUAUCCAGUUGAUAAUUAAGUAUAUAAAAUAGAUAUAUUGCAUAUUUAGCAGAGCUCAGUUCAAAAUCCAGCAAGGUCAGGGUGUCCUCACAGGCAGCGUGGAAUCAAAUCCCUCCAGUUCCCAUGUGCAGAGCUGGGUGAACUAUUUUUUAGUGUCCAUGAAAAUGAACUUUUACUAUAGCUUUUGGGGAGAAAGAUGGUACAAGCCCAUAAUGACCUUCCCUUGUUGCCAUAUUACAACUGAUAAAUUGAGUUUUCUUCUUCAGUUCUCCCCUGUAGUGAAGUGUGUGCUUCUUAGGACAUUUCCUUUCCUAGUCUUGCAAUGUGGUAUUUCUGUCUCUAGAGCACAAACAAAAAGUCACAUGUGGAAAACGGAGGCCCUGGGGCAGGCAGAUGCUCUUUGUAUCCUCUCUCAAUUCUAGUCCAUCUGUCAGAUAGGAAGAACAUCAUCUAAAGAGUCAGAGCAAUCUAAUCAGAGGGUCCCUGUGGACUACAAAGAAUGAACUUCAUAUCCAAUCUUAUGCGUAUCUUACCUGUGUUGUGUCUAUUAUUUAUAGAUAACCACGUAUAUUUAUAACCUAACUUGUGCCUACAAGGUGGGAUGAUGAGGGCAGCAUCCUGGCUGUCUCUGUGGUAUUUUUUUUUAAGAAGUAACAGGCUAUUUGUUCUUUCUUAUUGUGGCUCAGAAAGGACCAGGAGUGGAGAAGAGACUCUCACAAAAGGUGAAUAAAUAAGAGAAGUUCACUCGUUUGGUGUAUUUUCGGAAGGAUCAUGUUGGUUUGCAAAUGAACCUAAAAAAUUAUCGAUACCCCAACAGUACUUUCUUUCCCUUCCUGCUAACCACAGCAAUGAGUAUAGGACUUGGUCACCAGAACGUACUGUAAAUCAGCCUGUCAGACACAACUCCUUUUUUUCAGUCACAGGAGUUUAAGAAAUUCAUAUAGAAAUACAUGAUGAUGGAAUACAUAUUGAGUACUUGUUGCCCCCACUGAAACAAGUGAUGAAUCACAUCAUCAAAGAGCAGAUUUGGGAAUGUGAAAAUAUAUAUAAAUAAGUAAUUACCCUCUCAUCUCUUUUGGCAAACCUCUCAGGAAUUUUUGAGGCUGUCUUGGAUAUUUAUGUGAAAAGAAAGUCAGGCUUUAUAACCAAAGUUCUCAGUAGUGGUCAGCAGCCUUUGGCCUCUAAAUUCUUGAUUUAUUAUCAUGCAUUAUCCUGGAUUUUAUUUUUCUAGAAGAGUAUUAGGGAUUUCAUUUCUAAACAGAGGUAACUGCAUUUAGCAGGUCUUCACGUAACAGGGAUUAGAGAGGUAGUAGAUUGAGCAUCCAAAAAUCAGUGUGCUCAAGAUCACCAUAUGAUCAAAAAUCUGUUUGGGAAAAAAAAAAGAAAAAAAAAGAAAAAAAAGGAUUUGUUUAGUAUGUCACAUAUGACAUAUGCAGUUGGGUUUUAUUUUUAUUGUACUAAGUAUAAACAUAAACUGUAAAAUUUUCUUCAGUGGCAAACUCCUUAUAUGUUAAAAUAAUGAUACCAGAAGUGAUCUCCAUUCUGUACUGCUUUUAUGCAAGUCCAAUGGCUUUAAAGGUAAGAUGAAAAACUUCUGGGGGGAAGGGCCAUUUAAAUGAAUCUAUGUGAUUGGAAAGAAUACUGAAAUAUAUGUGCUGCUAAACUUUUUGCGUUAUGAAAUAUAAUAGGAUUGUUGCAUUUCAAAGACAUAUGUAUUUUAAAAUGUUUCAUUUAAAGAAAUAUUUUUAUAGAGUGUUCUUAUGUAUCUUGAAAAAACAACAACAAACUAAUGAUUAUGUAAAAAUAUCUACAAGUUGUUAAAUCAGCAAAAUUUAAAUCUAAGCAUUGUAUUUAUUUAAAAAAUAAUAAAAAUGACAUUAUGCUGCCUCA